AUGAAAAUAAUAUUGUGCUUUUUGGUAGCGGCCUUACUGUGCCUAAUAAAUCUUGCAGCUGCUGAUAACGGAGUAGAAGAUUACGACGAUGCCGCUCGGUAUGCCAUCGAGGGCAAGGUGUAUCCGCCCGAGCUGUACGGAGGUGAUUCGGAACUGGGCUGGCAGCUCGACACACAAAUAUCCAUCAACGGUGGCGAAUACAAAGGAUUUCUGCGGGAAGAUGGCACGUUUGCGAUCAGUUCCGUGCCGUCCGGCAGCUAUGUGGUGGAAAUCGUGAAUCCGGACUAUUACUAUGAACCCGUGAGGGUGGAAAUCAAUCCCAAGGGGAAGUUCCGUGCGCGCAAGCUGAACUACGUCCAGCCGUCGCAAGUGCUACAGCUGCCCUAUCCGCUGAAGUUGAAGGCCCUCACCCGUUUCCGAUACUUCCAGCAGCGUGAACAGUGGAAAAUAACAGAUUUCCUGUUCAAUCCGAUGGUGCUGAUGAUGAUCUUACCACUUGGCAUUAUGCUGAUUCUACCCAAAAUCAUGAGCGAUCCCGAGACGAAGAAGGAAAUGGAAAAUUUGAACUUAUCCAAGAUGACGAACGAUCUGCCGGAAUUCAGUGAAAUGCUUACAUCAUAUUUCACAGGCGGUUCUGCUGCAGCUGCAGCCAAGGCUAACAAGGAAAAGGAUAAACCAAAACCAAAGCAAAGCAAAAAGAAAAAUUAAUCGU